AUGGAGCAGCUCCCUUCGCUAUCGCAGACGCUGCUGGUGAACGUGCUGAGCGACCUGCCCGAGGAGACGAAGGAGUUGCAACGCUCUCUGGUCGAAUCGGCAACUAAGUACAGGACUGAUUUGGAUAAACAAGUACAGAGCACGCUGAGACUACAGCAGAACGUCGGACACUCUCAUGAGCUCUUGCAGAAGAGGCUGAGGAGGUGUGUGAGGAGCAUAGAUGAGGCGAACCACCACCUCAAGGUUGGGCUGGCGGACGGCUCUCUGGCGAAUGAGGUUUCGGAGCUGAGUGAGCUGGUUAUGGGGAAGCUCAUGGGUAUCGUGUCGCUGCUGGGCGCCAGGAACGUCGAUGGCGAUAGAUGGCCACUGCUGAAGUCAGUGCUGGGACAAGACGGGUUCGAGGUUAUUGACGAGGAGCUUGGCGAUAUGAAACUGGGCAAUGAGACGGAGUGUACUCGUGAUGAUGGUCACGACGAUUCCAACGGUAGUAAUGGUAGUGAUAGGGAGACUAUCCAGCCUCUGUCCUCCAACACGCUGGAUGAGCACUUGGAGGUUUCAUCCACCGUGAGUGAUGCAGUGGGAUAA